AUGGAAAAUUCGUCUGUUCAAUUGAAUGAUUUACCUGAUGAAAUUCUUAUGAUGAUUUUUAAAAAAUUACAUAAUAUUACACUACUUUAUUCUUUAUCAGAUGUUAAUAUACGUUUAAAUAAAAUAGUACAUGACUCUAUUUUUACCAAUCGUUUGACUUUGGCAAAUUUUGUACCAAGUCGUUUAAUUUUGCAAAUGUAUUCUCCAAUAUAUUUUGCUUAUCCAUUAUCUGAUUUAGUACUUGAUCGUUUUUGUUCACAUAUCUUAUCUAAAAUUCAUCAAAAAGUCAAAUGGCUUGAUCUUGAAUCAUCAUCGAUGGAACGUAUUCUUCUUUCUACAAAUUAUCCUAAUUUAGUUGGAAUUGCUUUGUAUAAUAUUCACUUAGAAAAUGCUGUACAUCUAUUUGCUGGUAAUAUAUUUGCCUGCGAUUCUUUCGCGCUGAUAAAUACAUUAUAA